UCUAAGUCGGAUCCGGUUUUCGAUUCCCACCCCUAGUCAUGAUCAAUGUCUGUUUUUGUUUCAAGUAAAUCCUUUAUCCAAUCUGGCACGGAGAGGAAACGCAGUACAGUCCUCAACAGCUAACUCUGCUGCUGCCUCCAAGGCCAUUGAUGGAAGGCGCAAUUCUUUCUUCAGAGAUGGGUUCUGUAGCCACACAUUGGCAGAUUCCAACAGCUGGUGGAGGGUGGACCUGCAUAAAACUUAUGCAGUCACAUCUGUCAGGGUCACCAAUAGAGGAGACUGCUGUGCUGAGAGAUUGGAUGGAGCUCAGAUCCGAAUUGGGAACUCGCUGGAGAACAAUGGAAACAACAACCCCAGGUGUGCCACCAUCUCCCACAUCCGAGCAGGUCAAACCCAAACAUUCCACUGUGAGAAAGGCAGCAUGGAGGGUCGCUAUGUGAACAUUGGCCCUGGAAGGCUUGCUCUCAACCUGUGUGAAGUGGAGGUGUACGCCGCCCCAACAGCGGAACCUCUCGCAAAUGUGGCCUUAAAUGGAGAAGCACAGCAGUCGUCCAUAUAUGGAAAUCUUUCUGCUUCUAAAGCUAUAAACGGGAUAACAAAAGGAAUUGUCAUAAUCGGAUCAGUACAUUCAGAAUGCUGUUCCAUCACUAACAAAACCAGCUCUCCCUGGUGGAAAGUGGACUUGAAAGCUGUGCACAGGAUCCGUGCUGUAACUAUCUUCAACAGACAAGACUGUUGUCCUGAAAGACUCACUCAGGCACAGAUCAAGAUUGGGAACACAAACAGCCCCGCUAACCCCAUAUGUGGUACUAUCUCAGAGGUGAAAGCAUCAUACACCUUUCACUGUGGAGACAUGGUUGGCCGCUAUGUGUUCGUGCACCUUCCAAAAGUUGAGCAUUUACAACUGGCUGAAGUGGAGGUGUAUGCUUCUUUGGAAGAUGUUACCACUCCUCCUCCUCCCACUGUUCCUCCCACUGUUCCUCCCACUGCCCCCCCACCUCCCCCGACUAUGAGCACGCUGCUGGACGGCAGGAAUGUGACGCUGGUGGGAGAAAGGCUUUGCUGGUCCGACGCUCUCUUCUACUGUAGACAUCACCACUUGGACCUGCUGAGCCUUCACAGCCAGGAGGAGCAGAGCCAGGUGGAGGAGCUGCUGAGCCGAAGUCCUUUCCCCACCACAGAUUAUGUCUGGAUGGGAUUGCGCAGAAUGGUAAUGGGAGACGAGUGGUUCUGGAUGUCUGGAAAGCCAAUGCACUUCACCAAAUGGAAGAGUAAUAACGCCCCUGAUUAUAUCGACAACGCUUGUGGAGCGAUGGCCAGAGAAGAGCACUUCCUGUGGGAUGACCAGCCUUGUGAGAAGCUCCUCAACUUCCUCUGCCAAUCAAGUGACGAGGACGGAGUUCGUAAUGUGUACUUCUACAGCAGCCGCAAAUACACAUUUACUUAAUCAGGGUCAUGUUUGAACCUAUGGAAGAGUAUUCAGGCCAGGCGUCAGGAAAAUGAGAGGAGGAACUACUUUAUUGGGGAUUUUGAGAACAAAGUUUGAACAAGGUUAGCUUCCAAUUUGAUGGGCAUGGUAUAAGAAAUUUCACAAGCAAGGGCGACACCAUCAACGAGGUGCAAUUUGGUAUCGUGAUUCUGAAUUUGACUCGCUGUUGUUAGUUCGGGGAAGCUUAUUUGGGGGUGGGAGAGGAGUGCAGAAUGUGAGAACGAAAGGAAAGAACGGCCAAAUUCCACCAGAUCUGUGUCCAGUUUGCUCCGAUCUGUCAUGGCCCCGGAUCUGCUAAGUUUCUAUUCUAGUCAAUGCGUUAACUUCCACU